AUGGGGCUGUCCAGCCCAUUGAAUGAGGCUGCUCAGCCUUCACAAUGGACUGGACAGCCAGCAUCGACCGUAGCCCGAGCAUUGGCCUCAAGAGGGCUAGAAACACCCCUCCCCAACCAAGCACGCGCGUGUGCAGUAGCAGUAACAGUAACAGUAACAGUGGUACCUGGCCAUUAUUUUCGGUGUUAUUUUAAAUUCCCCGCCACUCCUCAGUACUUUGCUCCACCGGCGAAGCUCCUCGCCUCCUUCAAUUCCGUUCCCUGGUUUAAGCGAAACUUUCUCCAAAUGACCGAUUCGUCAAGGGAAGAUACUAGCGAUGUGCUGCGAAUAUUAGUGGCUACUGAUUGUCACCUUGGUUAUAUGGAGAAGGAUGAAAUUCGCAGGCACGAUUCAUUUCAGGCAUUUGAAGAGAUUUGUUCAAUUGCGGAGCAAAAACAGGUGGAUUUCUUACUACUUGGCGGCGAUCUUUUCCAUGAGAAUAAGCCAUCAAGGUCAACUUUAGUGAAAGCCAUUGAAAUUCUUCGCCGCCACUGUCUCAACAAUCAACCAGUGCAGUUUCAAGUCGUCAGUGACCAGACAGUGAACUUUGCAAAUUCAUUUGGACACGUGAACUAUGAAGAUCCUCACUUCAAUGUUGGAUUACCAGUUUUCAGCAUUCAUGGAAAUCACGAUGAUCCUGCUGGAGUGGACAAUCUUUCUGCAGUUGAUAUCCUUUCAGCAUGUAAUCUUGUGAACUAUUUUGGAAAAAUGGUUCUUGAAGGUUCAGGAGUUGGGCAGAUCACCCUCUACCCUAUUCUUAUCAAGAAGGGCUCAACAUCUAUAGCUCUUUAUGGCCUUGGGAAUAUCAGAGAUGAGCGUCUGAAUCGAAUGUUUCAGACGCCACAUGCAGUGCAGUGGAUGCGACCUGAAGCUCAAGAAGGUCAUCAAGUUUCAGAUUGGUUCAACAUCCUAGUACUUCAUCAAAAUAGAGUGAAGAUGAAUCCUAAAAAUGCUAUAAAUGAGCAUUUCUUGCCACGGUUUUUGGAUUUUAUCGUCUGGGGACAUGAACAUGAAUGUCUAGUUGAUCCUCAGGAAGUUUCUGGCAUGGGUUUCCACAUUACUCAACCAGGUUCAUCGGUCGCAACGUCACUGAUUGAUGGUGAAUCAAAGCCAAAACACGUGCUUCUUCUAGAGAUUAAGGGGAAUCAAUAUCGGCCAACCAAGUUACCUCUCAACUCAGUGAGGCCCUUUGAAUAUGCAGAGGUAGUAUUAAAAGAUGAACCUGAUAUUGAUCCUAAUGAUCAGAAUUCAAUCCUUGAACAUUUGGACAAAGUGGUCAGAAAUCUGAUAGAAAGGUCUAGCCAAAAGGUUAUUGACAAAACAGGACUCAAACUUCCCUUAGUUCGAGUGAAGGUAGAUUACUCUGGGUUUAUGACGAUAAAUCCACAAAGGUUUGGGCAAAAAUUUGUAGGCAAGGUAGCUAAUCCUCAGGAUAUACUUAUAUUCUCAAAAGCGUCAAGAAAAGGUCGCAGUGAAGUUGAUAGAAUUGAUGAUUCUGAACGGCUCCGUCCAGAAGAACUGAAUCAGCAAAAUAUUGAAGCAUUGGUUGCUGAAAGUAACCUGAAAAUGGAGAUACUCCCUGUCAACGAUCUGGAUGUUGCAUUACACAAUUUUGUUAGUAAGGAUGACAAAAUGGCUUUCUAUUCUUGUGUACAAUACAACCUGGAAGAAACUCGUAAUAAAAUUGCCAGGGAUUCAGAGAAUCAGAAGUUUGAAGAUGAAGAUGUAAUUGUUAGAGUUGGAGAAUGCUUAGAGGCACGUGUCAAAGAAAGAGGAAUGGGGUCAAAAGAUGGUCAAGAGGUCACGUUUGGUGAACAGUCCUUGCAGGGUGGAAGUAAAAGUGCUGGAGGAGUUGGAAAUGCUGUUUCCUUCAGUGAUGAUGAGGACACUACACUAUUCUCUGGUGGAAAGUCUACCAGAAGGGGCAGAAAAGAGACGUCACAAUCUUUUAGGUCCUCUCGUGAUGUUUCCGUACUUGAAAAGACGACUUCAAGAGGAAGGGGAAGAGGCAGAGGGAGAGGUAGGGGUUCCAGUACAUCGAAGCAGACAACAUUAGAUUCAGUGAUGGGUUUCCGUCAUUCACAAAGGUCUGCAUCAGCUGCUGCAUCAGCAUCAGUUCGAACAAUUGCUGAUAAUGAGGAUGAAGUGGAUUCAGAGUCAAAUGAUGAAACAGCUAAAAUUGAUGUUAAUGAUAUUGAUGACAGCUCGGAUGGCGGUGAAGCUUCCCAAGGAAAAGGAAGAAAAAGAGCUGCACCAAGGGGAAGGGGUAGAGGCUCUACCUCAACCGCUAAGAGGGGGAGGAAAUCAGAUAACUCUUCAUCUUCGCUUAGUAGAUUGCUCAUGAAUAGAGAUGACGACGAUGAAGAUGACGAUGACGAUGUGGCAAAGAAAAUUAAUAAACCUAAACCUCCGGUAACUAGAAAUUACGGUGCUUUAAGGAGGGGAAAAAUAAUUUCUUACCGUUCUUCGUCUUCCUUUUGUCAUCAAAAUAAGGUUAAAGAAAUCUCUUUUAGCAUUCUGAACUCGAACCUUCCAUCCUCUAUCUCCAUCUCCAUCUCGACUGCCACUCCCUCCGCUGAGGCCGAAUCUCCACACUCUUUGGUACUUAGCGACCCAGAUACUUGGAAUAUAUUUCAGAGGGAGUCAUGCCUAAGGUGA